AUGUAUGUGACCCCGAAUUCUGUACAGCAUGCGGCUGUUGGAUUUGCGCUUGCUGUGCUUUCCCUAUUCGUGCUUGCAUUCGCCGUAAUCGCCGUUGUCCUCGUGACGAUCAGCAAUAGUUGUUUCUGGAGCGCUGGCAACGAUACCGAUGGGGAAUAUUUUAAUGAAGACGAGUCACCACUACAUGACGGUGAAGAACCGGUGGAUAUUGUUCUCGGCGUCACUCCAGAUGAUGCGUCCAUCGUA